UCCACAGAUCAGCCAUGGGGAAGUACAAAGACCAUCCAAAAUGGACUCUCAGCUGGAUCAUAUUCGUUAUUGGAUUAAGUUCCUCUCAAUCAGCAAAUGGACCAGUCAACAUUUCACCACUGACCAGGACCAUCUCUGGACUGAGUCCGGCUCACAAUGAAAGAGUCUGCAGCACUUGGGGUAAUUUCAACUUCAAAACCUACGAUGGAGACUUCUUCCAGCUUCGGUCUACGUGUAACUACAUCCUGACGUCUCAAUGCUCAAGCAGCUACGAGAACUUCAAUGUUCAGCUGAGGCGGCAGGUCGUCAAUGGCGAACCCCAGAUCAGCAAAAUCACUAUGAAGCUGGAAGGCACAGUGGUGGAACUUUCCAAAGGCUCCCUUAGUGUGGAUGGACUCAAGGUAACUCUGCCUUACAGCCACUCUGGUGUCCUUAUUGAGAAAAACCCAACCUACAUCAAAGUCACCGCCAAGCUGGGACUGGUGGCCAUGUGGAACGGAAAUGAUGCUUUCAUGGUGGAAUUGGACAACAAGUACAAAAAUCAAACUUGUGGACUUUGUGGUGACUUUAAUGGCAUCCAGCUUUACAAUGAGUUCAUCCAAAAUGGGGUUGAGAUUUCUCCAUCAGACUUCAGCCAGUUUGCAAAGAUGGAUGGUCCGACUGAGAGCUGCAGUGAAUUACCACCUCCAUCAGUCGACACCUGCGUAAAACUUACAUCAGCAUGUGAGCAGCUCCUCUCAGGUCCAGCUUUCAGUGACUGUAAAAACCUCAUCUCCCUCGAGUACUUUAUCAAAGCCUGCGAAUCGGACAUGUGCCAGUGCAACGGCAGCUCCAACAGCUUCUGUCUGUGCAGCACCAUAUCUGAAUUUUCACGUCAGUGUGUGCACGCUGGAGGAAAGCCGAGCCCGUGGAGGACAGAGCAGUUCUGCCCCAAAACAUGCCCUUUUCCAAACAUGGCGUAUCAGGAGUGCGGGAACCCGUGCAUUAACACCUGCUCAAAUCCAGACCGAGGACAGCUGUGUGAGGAACAUUGCAUCGAUGGCUGUUUCUGCCUUCCAGGUUUGGUCCUGGAUGAUCUGACUGGUCGAGGAUGCAUCACACAAGAUCAGUGUUCUUGCCUUCAUAACGGCAAAAUCUAUCACACUGGUCAGAACAUCACCAGCAACUGUAAAGAAUGCACCUGUACCUCUAACCAGUGGAGCUGCACAGAAAAAGACUGCCCCGCAACGUGCUCUGUAGAAGGUGGAUCCCACAUCACAACGUUCGAUGGAAAAACAUACGACUUCCACGGUGACUGUACAUACAUUCUUGCUGAGCAAACCAGCGGUGCUGACUUUGUGGUUGUAGGAGAUCUGGUUCGUUGUGGUUUGACGACAACUGAAACAUGUCUGAAGUCCGUGACCCUGGCUCUGUCGGCUGGAAGCACCGUGUUUAACAUCCAGUCUGACGGAAAGGUCUUUCUUAACCGAAUCUAUUCUCAGCUUCCUCUCUCUACAGCUGGUGUGAAUAUUUUCCGCCCCACCACAUUUUACAUCAUCGUCCAGACGUCUUUUGGGCUUCAGAUGGAGAUUCAGCUUGUACCCAUCAUGCAGGUUUACAUAACCCUGGACGUGACUCACAAGCAAAACGUACUGGGUCUGUGUGGAAACUUUAAUGACAUCCAAAGUGAUGAUUUUACGACCAUGAGCGGAUCCCGUGAAGGAACCGGUGUUGGUUUUGCAAACAGCUGGGGGACUAGAGCUAACUGUCCUGAAGUGAAGAACACUUUUGAGAACCCCUGCAGUCUCAGUGUGGAAAACGAAAAGUAUGCUCAGAAGUGGUGCUCUAUGCUGACAGACCCUAAUGGUGUUUUUGCACCGUGUCACUCUGAGAUCAGCCCAGAUAUCUACCAAAAGAACUGCAUGUAUGACACCUGCAACUGUGAGAACAGUGAGAACUGCAUGUGUGCAGCACUCUCGUCUUACGUUCACGCCUGUGCCGCUAAAGGAAUCCUUCUAACCGGCUGGAGAAGUGAAGUGUGCAUGAAAUAUGCCACCAGCUGCCCGAACACCAUGGUCUAUACCUACGACGUCCGCAGUAGCAUGCAGUCAUGCCGCUGUCACAGCGAUCCGGAUUUCACCUGUGCUGUGACCUUUGACCCGGUGGAUGGGUGCGUUUGUGCUGAAGGAAUGUAUCUUGAAGAGAACGGCAAGUGUGUUGAGCUGGAUAAAUGCUCCUGCUACGACAAAGGGUCUGUGAUUCCUCCGGGAGAAGUCAUCAGCAAGGACGGUGGCAUGUGUACCUGUAAGAACGGCAAACUCAGCUGCAUCGGAUCUUCCACCAGUGCGCCAUCUUGUUCCUCACCAAUGGUGUUCUUCAAUUGCUCUGAUACUGCUCCAGGAUCCACAGGCUCUGAGUGCCAAAAGAGCUGCAGCACAAUAGACAUGACCUGUAUCAGCACAGAGUGUGUCUCAGGCUGUGUGUGUCCUGCGGGACUUGUGUCUGACGGGAAAGGUGGCUGCAUCGAAGCAGCUCUUUGUCCUUGUGUACAUAACAGCAAAACUUACCAGCCCGGAGAAUCCAUCAACAUCGACUGCAACACCUGCACAUGUAAGGACAGGAAAUGGCAGUGCAGCACGGAUUUGUGCCAUGGGACCUGUACAGUGUACGGUGAUGGACAUUACAUCACAUUCGAUGGAAAAAGAUACACUUUUGAUGGAGACUGCGAAUACACUCUUGUCAGAGAUAACUGUGGUCACAGCAAUACCAACGGCACUUUCAGAGUCAUCACGGAAAACAUCCCCUGUGGAACAACCGGUGCCACCUGCUCUAAAGCCAUCAAACUCUUUCUGGGGGUGAAUGAGCUCUUACUAACAGACGGAAGCUAUGAAGUUAUCCAGAGAGAUGCAGGAGAUGAAAUUCCCUACCAGAUCAGCAUUAUGGGCAUUUACAUGGUCAUUGAAGCUAGUAAUGGGCUAAUUCUGAUGUGGGACCAGAAGACAAGUAUAUUCAUCAAGCUGAGUCCUAAUUUCAAAGGUGAGGUCUGCGGUCUCUGUGGAAAUUAUGAUGGCAACACAAACAAUGACUUUACUUUGAGAAACCAAGGUGUGGUCAACAACCCACUGGCUUUUGGAAACAGCUGGAAGGAGUCCUCCAGCUGCCCUGAUGCUAUUCAGAUCAAAAACCCAUGUACUUUUAACCCAUAUCGACAGGCCUGGGCUCAGAAACAGUGCAGCAUUAUCAUGAAUGAAAUGUUUGUGUCCUGUCACAUGCAUGUUGACCCUGAACCAUAUUAUUCUGCAUGUGUAAGGGAUGCAUGUGCUUGUGAUACUGGAGGAGACUGUGAGUGUUUCUGUACUGCUGUAGCAUCUUACGCUGAAGCCUGUAAUGAGGCUGGAGUGUGUGUUGCUUGGAGGACACCAAAAAUCUGCCCACUGUUCUGUGAUUACUACAACCCUCCUGACGAGUGUGAGUGGCACUACAAACCUUGUGGAGUGCCCUGCAUGAAGACUUGCAGGAACCCUGAAGGAAAGUGUUCCAGUCAGAUACCACCACUGGAAGGCUGUUAUCCAAAAUGUCCUCUUGAUCAGCCAUACUUUGAUGAGGACACAAUGAAAUGUGUUAAGAAGGAAAGCUGUGGCUGCUAUCAGAAAGGAAAACAUUACAUAAAUGGAGAUGAGGUCCCAAGUACAGAAAACUGUCACAAAUGUCGCAACUCAUCGCCCCAGUACUCCAGUGUCAUCACAACCAACAACGUCAACUGUACCAACAUCCAGUACAUGCCAUACAACACCAACAUCUACUCCAACAACUCCAACAACAACAACACCAACAUCUACAACAACAACUUCAACAACAACUACAUCACCAAUAACAAGUACAACACCGACAACAACACCAACAACUACAAUGACAACUACUUCAAAAACACCCCCUACAACCAUCAACUCACCAGUGACAACAAUCCCAGAAAUGUGUCAUACUGGUACUACUCCAACAACAACAACACCAACAACAGCUACAUCACCAACACCUACACCACCAAAAACAACUCCAACAACAACAACACCAACAACUACAACUGUACCAACAUCCAGUACAUGCCAACUCCAACAACAACUCCAACAACAACAACUCCAACAACAACAACUCCAACAACACCAAUAACAAGUACAACAACACAAAUAACAAGUACAACAACACCAAUAACAAGUACAACACCAACAACACCAAUUGGAGUCAUAACUGGAUCCAAAUCAACACCUCAUAAAGGCUCUCAAUGUCAAUGCAAUUUCAAUGGAACUAAAUUCUCUCUAGGUUCCUAUAUUUACAAUGUGAGUGAUCCUGAUGGAUGGUGUUAUGUUGCAAUUUGUAAGCUGAAUGACCACAAUGAAUGUCAGAUUUACAAUGAUUCAUUUGCCUGUGGUGUAAGUUCAACUACACCAGCACCAACUACAAGCCAGCACAAACCCUGUGACAAGCCACCUCUAAAGCAUGGAGAGACUAUACCAGAUGGAAAUUGUGCCAAUCUUACAUGUGACAAUGGAGUAGUCAUACAUGAGCAUGUGAAAUGUGAGGAUGCACCUUUGCCUGUGUGUGUUAACCAACAUCAACCAAAGCUAGUCAAAGAUGAUUCCGGGUGUUGUUCCAAAUACGAAUGCCAGUGUAUAUGCAGUGGCUUUGGAGACCCACAUUACAUUACUUUUGAUGGAACAUACUACCCAUUUCAAGGGAACUGCUCCUAUGUCCUUGUCAAAGAGAUAAACCCAAAAUACCACUUCAGUGUUAUUAUUGACAAUGUCUUCUGUGACUCUGAAGAUGGUCUCUCCUGUCCUAAAUCUCUGACUGUGCACUACAAAUCCUUUGAAAUUUUCAUGACACAAGAGAUUUCUAAUGGAAGUGUCAUAAAUCUGAUUAAAGUCAACAACAAUCUGGUCAAACUACCAUAUCAGAACAAAGACUUCCGAAUUUCAGACAAUGGUAUUGAAUCACUCGUCGUGAUACCAGCGAUCGAUGCACAGGUCACCUUUACUGGCAUGAUGUUUUUCAUCAACCUCCCUUGGCAGAUGUUCCAUGGAAACACUGAAGGACAGUGUGGAACAUGUGAUAAUAACCGUACAGAUGAUUGUCGCCUACCAAAUGGCACCAUUAUAUCCUCUUGUGAAAAAAUGGCUCAGCAUUGGAAUGUCAGUAAUAACAGCACCUGUCUAGUGCCAAAGCCUAAACCAACACCAGUGCCAUGCACCAAUGCUCCAAUCUGCCAAAAUAUUAGCAAGAUCUUUAAGGAAUGCCAUGAGCUUGUCCCAUACCAGUUUUAUGAGGAGGCCUGCAUUUAUGACGUGUGCCACAUGAACAGCGAGGUCAUCGGUUGCUUCAGUUUGCAGAUGUAUGCUGAUCAGUGUGCUCUGGCAGGAAUCUGUAUCGACUGGAGGUCAGCCACGAACGGAGUGUGUGAAUUCAAAUGUGAACAGCCCAAAGUCUACAAACCUUGUGGACCUCAGAUUCCAGAAACUUGUAAUUUAAGUUUUAACCUCAAAUUUAUAAGCACACCCAGUACAUAUAGUGCUCUGGAAAAAAUACUCUGGGAAGGCUGCUACUGUCCAAACAACACAAUACAGUUGGGUCCAGAUGUAAAUGAGUGUGUUGAGUAUUGUGGCUGCAAAACACAUGACAAUCAGAUUAAAAAGCCCAAAGAGAAAUGGAUUUCUGGCUGUAUGAACUGCACAUGUGAAGAGAGUUUCACAGUGAGCUGCGUGCAUUUAACAUGUCCUACACAAGAGCCUGUUCACUGUGACGCACCCGGUCAGGUGAAGAUCACAGAGACUGUGGAUUGCUGCAAUCAUGACAUUUGUGUAUGUAAUAGCAGUCGUUGUCCCACUGAGACUUGCCCUAUCGGAUUCACUCCACUCAUUGUCGAAAUGAAAGGCUGUUGUCCGGCUUACACCUGUGUGCCUGAACCUGUCUGUGUGUUCAAUGACACAUUGUAUAAGCCUGGUGAAACCUGGACUCCACCUAAUGACAAGUGUGUGACUUACAGCUGCUUGAAGAAUGGGACUCAGUACAGUACAGUAAAGAACCAGCACGUUUGUCCACCAUUCUUUGAAGAUGACUGUAUUCCUGGAACAAUUGUCAUUGCUGACUGCUGUCCUAAAUGCACACUGAGGAAUAGGGCGUGCAGCCUCUCCAGAAACUCCACUUACCUCGAGAGUAAUGGCUGCAGGACUGCAAAACCAGUGGAAAUGACAGCUUGUGAAGGAUCUUGUGUCACAUCUUCCAUCUACUCGAUGGCAGCCAACACGUUCGAGCACUCAUGCUCUUGUUGUCAGGAAGUGUCCACCAUCAAGAAGGAAGCGGAAUUCCUCUGUCCAGACGGAUCAAGAGUCACCCACGUGUACAUCUAUGUGGAGAAGUGUGGCUGCUAUGAGAGAGAGUGCACCCUGAAGGAGACUUCUCCUGUCCAGAGACGGCGUAGGCGUCGGUGAUCACCUGUAGAACAGUCUUCAUUUUCUCUAAUCAAUGUUAAUCUAUUUAUGACUCUAUUUACAUGAAUCAACUAAAGAAUUGUGACAACUGUAAAUCCUUUCUGAUACUUAGAAAAUAAUAAAUAUCAGCAAUCAACAAGC